CACAUCUCUACUAAACAUCAUACCUGCCGAAAAUAUAUCUCGAGUCGGCGGCGCAGUCGAGAGAUAACAAUGACCUCUUCGUCCCGACGACUCUCGAAGCAAUCCUGGAUGAGGCCGACUCCUCCGCGACGCCGCGCGCGUCCUUCGGGAUCGACCGAGGGCUGAACCCGCGCACAGAUAACGCACAUUCGCGCCGCGAUCGACGUCGCAGGAGCGGCGAUUUCUUCCAGCCGUCCCCGCCGGACCGGAAGUCGCCUCCCUCCGACCUUGAAACCCCCGCCGGACGUCGCUGAGGCGCCAGGAGCACUCGUGCGCGCACACGGCGAUUAAAUUUCAAUCAGCAACCGGUGGCAAUUAAUAACGCGCGUACGCAGCGUCCGCUCGGCGAAGAGCGUUUCGAAUGAGCAAGUCCUCAAACGAGCGCACUCGCCCACCCGCCGUUAUUUCUCUCGCCGUGCGGUCAUUCGGCGCGCUCGCGGAGCGCCGGCGAUAAAUAACGGCGGGGCCGUCAUAGCGCGCGUCCAUGGCCGGUAUUAGUCUCGCUCGCGGCAAUCGGGACGAUCGAUCGCGCGCCGAUUGCUCGCGCGGGAUUAAGACCGCCCCGGCGACCGUCAGACGCGCCGCGGAAGAUGCUGGUCACGCGCGAACGACAGAUGUAUUCGCAGUGAGCAGCCAGGCCGCGCGCGCUGCAGUGAACAUCGCAGGACGACCCGACGACGACGACGACGACGACGACGACGACAGGGCGGCGGUGAAACGCGAAGCUCGGCCGACGUUCCGCCGGAGCGGAGCGGAGCUUGACCUUGACCUUGCUUGCCCUCAGGCUCGGCUGGGGUUCGUUGGAAAGUCAGCCGGCCCGUUUCUGCCGACGAGACCUCGAUCUCGUCGCCCACCCUCGGCAUCCCCCCGCCAGCCCGUUCAGCCCGCGUAUCACGCCGAUCGAAUAGGCUUAAUCGUCGGCGAGGGAAACAGUGAUGGUGCGUCGGGGUGACCCGCGGUGGUCGGAGACGUCGCGCCCUGUCGGUGUGUGUGCGCGUGUGUGACACUCGUCGGCGACCAAGUGCCAAGGGGUGGAUCACGCAGUCCUGCGCAUAUGUGCACCGUCGCAGCUGGCUCGCGGAGCGGAGAGCUUUUCCCACAACGCUUCGUCUCGUAUGCGCAGAAAGCUUCUUGAAAACUGCCAGGCGGCGAACAGGACUACGAAUGUGAUGACACAAUGAUGCAAGACUCGCAACAACGGAGAGACCAUCCUCACGCUGUAAAACAGCGUAUCUCGAGGGUGGUCUUCCAGAUCCUGUUGAUUCAAAAUUUCGUUACUUCCAGAACUGUUGCUCAAAUAGCCGAAUGUCCGCCGACGGAAGUAAUUCCGGGCUGUCCUUGCUACAACUUUGAAGACGGUCUCUUUUUGGAAUGCGCUGGCGCUACGGAAGAGACCCUGAGAACCACACUGCAAGGCAUGCUAAAUACAAGCGGCGCAGGCACGAUGAUACAGUCGUUGAGCGUUUACGAGCUGGACAAAGGCAUCGAGGAGCUGAAGGAGGUCGCUUUCCCGCCCGGCUCGCAAAUCAGGCACCUCCAGAUCUCCCAUUCGUCAUUGCGGGAGCUGAGCGAGAACGCCUUCACGAACCUCAAAGACAGCCUGGAGUCGUUGGCUCUGGUGUCCGGUCGGUUACCUUACGUACCUCAGAAAUCGUUAGCCGAGCUGCGGAUGCUGUUGUUGCUAGACCUCGAGACGAACCUGAUACAGGACCUCACGUCGUACUGCUUCUACGGCUUGAAGCUGAUGAAACUGGUGCUAAAGGGUAACCAAAUAUCCAAGAUCUCGGAAUACGCGUUCGCCGGCCUAGAGGAAAGCCUGAGCGACUUGGACCUAGCCGAGAACAAGCUGAAGCUCUUCCCAAUGGCUCCGCUCAGAAGGCUGGAGAACCUACUCUCGCUGAGGCUCGCGUGGAACGAAAUCUCGGAGCUGCCCGACGACGGUUACAGCAUGCUGAACUCAUUGCUGUUCCUCGAUCUGAGCAGCAACAAUUUCGAAAAGCUGGCCGAAAACUGCUUCAGGCCCUGUCCCAUCCUGCACACACUGUCUCUCUACUACAACUCCAUCGAGAGCAUUCACAAGGACGCGUUCAUGUCGCUGAAGGAUCUCGAGUCGAUCGACUUGAGCCACAACAAGAUAGUGUUCCUCGACGCGGCGACGUUCAAGGGGAACGAGCGGCUACGUACGAUCGAGCUCAGUCAUAACCACAUCCACUACAUCGGCGGCGUGUUCGCGCAGCUGCCCGAGCUGCGGGAGCUUUAUUUGGCGGAAAACAAUAUUCUGGAGAUCCCCGGGGACGCGUUCGCCGGCAGCGUCAGCCUCGCGGUGGUGUAUCUCCAGCAGAACGCCAUCCGAAGAAUCGACGCGAAGGGUCUCACGAGUCUUACGCAGCUGGUCCAAUUGCAUUUGAGCAACAACUAUAUUGAGCGGGUGCCGCGGGAAUUCCUCGAGCAUUGCGAAAACCUCUCGUCGCUCUCUCUGGACGGUAACAAGAUCCGCGAGUUACAGCCGGGCACCUUCCUCAAGCUGCACCAGCUGCGGGAGCUGCGACUCCAGGAUAAUCGCAUCACCGAGGUGAAGCGCGGCAUUUUCACGCCGCUGCCGGUUCUCCUCGAGCUCCAUCUGCAGGACAACGCCAUCACUGCGAUGGAGACUGGCGCGUUGCGAACGCUCAACAGUCUUCAGCACAUUAAUCUCCAGGGCAAUCAGCUGACCAUGCUCGGCGACGUCUUUCAGUUGUCCGCCACGGAAUCGUCGUCCGGCGGUAGCUCUCUGGUGUCUAUUCAGUUGGACAGCAACGGCCUGGCGGUGCUGCACAACGACUCGCUGCGCGGCCAGGCGUCCGUGCGCAUCAUGUGGCUCAGCCAUAACAAGCUGACGCACCUGCAGGCGCCCCUCUUCCGGGAUCUUCUUCUAGUGGAGCGGCUUUAUCUCACCAACAAUUCCAUAUCCAAGAUCGAGGAGGCCGCCUUUCAGCCUAUGCAGGCUCUCAAGUUCCUCGAGCUCAGCAUGAACAGGCUGAGUCACGUGACAGCGAGGACAUUCUCGGAACUGCACGAACUCGAGGAGCUCUACUUGCAGAAUAACGGCCUCAAGCGGCUCGAUCCCUACGCGCUGACCGCCCUGAAGAAGCUCAAGGUGCUGGACUUGGCCAACAAUUAUCUCACCAUUCUGCAGGACGCGAUCUUCCAGGAGGACUUACCGAUCAGGAUGCUGAACCUGAAGAACUGCUCGAUCAGUACGAUCGAGAACGGAGCGUUUCGCGGGCUCAACAACCUGCUCGACCUCAAUCUCGACGACAAUCUGCUGACGUCGUCAGCGCUGCUGCGCCUGCACGUGUUCGGCCUGCGGACGCUCGCCGCGUCCGGCAACAACUUCAGUCAGAUCACGGAGCACAGUUUCAACGGGCUGCCGUCGUUGCAGGAGCUCUUCCUCGACGACUCGCAGAUUGGCCAGCUGCCGGAGACAAUCUUCGUGCUGAACCGCAAUCUCGUGCGGCUCCACCUCAAUCGCAACCACCUGCGCACCCUGCCGCCGGGCAUCUUCGACCGGUUGCUGUCGCUGCGGGAGAUCCGGCUGAAUCACAAUCGCUUCCAGGACAUCCCGUACUCGGCCCUGUCGAACGCGCUCAACCUCGAGAUCCUUACCUUGUCCACCAACGAGAUCCUCAACGUCGACGUGGCGAGUUUCGCCAGCCUGAAGCAUCUGCGCGAACUCGAUCUCAGCCGCAACAAGAUCGACACGAUGUCCGGCUUCGCGAUGGCCAAUCUGUCGCGGCUGAUAUCGGUCGACCUCAGUCACAAUCAUCUGACCGCGCUGCCGGCCAAUUUCUUCGCGCAUUCGUCCUUGUUACACAGGGUCGACCUGUCGGAGAAUAAAUUCCGACAGAUACCCGCGGUGGCUCUUUCGGGCCAGAACCUGCCCGGGCUCACUUGGCUGAAUCUCACGCGGAAUCCGCUAAACAAGAUCCACGAGCUGCCGGCGGAGGCGCUGUAUCCCAUUCUUCAAGAGGUGCACAUUUCCGGCACUAACCUUAGUAUAGUGACCUCGCAGGACUUCGAGGCCUUCCCGGCGCUGCUGCACCUCUACCUUAGCCAGAAUUGCAUCUUGCGAGUGUCGCCGGGCGCGUUCCGCAGCCUGCCGCAUUUGCUCACCCUCCACCUCGGCAUGAACAGCCUGGAGAUCCUGCCGAAGGAGAGGCUGCAGGGCAUGGAGCACCUGCGCAUCCUCAAUCUGACGCACAACCGCCUGAAAGAGCUCGAGGAGUUUCCGGAGGACCUUAAGUCCCUGCAGGUACUCGACCUGUCGUACAAUCAAAUCGGCAUCGUCGGUAAAGUGACGUUCAAGAAUCUAAUCAGCCUGGUCGAGCUGCAUCUUUACGGCAACUGGAUAAACGCCAUAUCCAGCGAGGCCUUCAGGCCGCUGAAGAAGCUGCGUCUGCUCGACCUGAGUAGAAAUUACCUGGAGAACCUACCACUGAACGCUUUCCGGCCGCUCGAGACGCAAAUAAGGAGCCUGCGGGCCGAAGAGAACCCCUUGCACUGCGGCUGCGAGUCGCAGGAGCUGUGGGAAUGGCUGAGAGAUCAUCAGAAAUUGGUGAGUGGGGUCGGCGGUGGCCGUAGCCGCGGAAGAAAUGGUGUCGGAGUCGGCGACGUCGAGGGCGGUUUGUUAAGAUGCGAGCAGCCACCCGAGCUCCGGGGUCUCGUCUUCCUCGAUCUUGACCCCCACGCCUUCUGUUCCGCUCCGCUGGUCCUGAAACUCGCAAUUCAGGACAUUCAGCCCUUCUCCGUUCUAGUGUCGUGGCAAAGCAGAAACCAUUCGGGCCUUUACGGGUACCAAGUGGCGUACCAUGCCUUGGACAAUGUCGACGAGAGCGGCGACAGGGCGGAGAAUGCGUGCCCGAGCUUCAUCAGUAACAUCGGACCCGCUCCGCUCGGCUCGUAGCAGAAAGCGAAGGAGUCUCGUAAAGAGGCCGCCCAACACGACAUCGAGAUGAAAACCGUGUCGACCUGCACCAGCAUCUACAACUAAUAAUCGCGCCGAGUCGUCCGCGACCUGAGUCGUCGUCAAGUUCUGGAGCGCUUGAAGUCGUCAGGACGCAUGUCCGUGUGCGCUCGAUUGGGACGGUCGUAAAUCGGGAGAUCGCCGAUCGACGCGACACCUAUCUCUCGUCCUCGCGAGAUUAGAGACGUUGCAGGACGUUCGCGUAGCGAGGCGAAAGCACUCCGAUCGCCGCGCCGGAGACUUUGCAAUCAGUAGCAGCGAUUCAACGUAGGUCAACUCUUGUUCGCGACGACAUCGCGCGAAAGGGGGACGUGACGAAGCGAGCGAAGUGCCAAAAUGGGGCGGGCGAAGGGGCAGCAGGGGGACACGUGCCGUAAAUUUUUCUCGCGAGCCCCGCGACUCGGCCGUGUAAACGCGCCGGGAACAUCUCUUGCUCAGCGACUUGGGCGCACCGUUUAGCGAUUCAAGCUCGUGCCAAAAAAGACCGGGGCGCGUUUCAGAAGCGCGACAGAGAAGCCGGCCACCGUCUCUGUGAGAGAGGAGUGAAAGCGGCGGUACGACGAAUUAGUACUCGCGAGACAGGAGACUUCACCGGAAGUCAUCCUUCGCGGGGGUCCUUUCGUUUUACAUUUUUUUACCACGCAUCCCGAAAACCGUCCGUUGUCGCGGACGGACACCCCCGCCGCUUUGCGAAAACCGAACAACGACGUACCGGAACCCUCUCUACGGAAUUUUUCGAAUCUCUCGUACGAAGACUGAUUUUUUAAGCCGUUCGACAUUUCCUUUUUGUAACUUCCGGAAAUUCUCGUCUAUGUAUCAUACAUGUGUGUGACGUAAUAUACACAUGCAAGCAGACACACACGCGCCCACACACACAUACACAGAGAGGAAGAGAGACGUACAGAGUGCGCGUACAUUCUAGCACAUACGGACAGACACACACACACACACACACAUUCGACACUUUUUUUGUAAAUAAACGUAAAGCAUUGCCACUUAACGAUGUCCAUGCUGGUGUGUAUCCAUGAAAUUCAUCUUUAUAGUGCUACGCAAGCAAUAUUAUACUUAUUCGUAUCGAUAGUUCUAACGAUCAGCACUAACGUAAUUAAGGGGAAGCGAGAAGGGCUCUAACUCGUCGUCCUUAAAACAGGAUCUCGCGAGCGAUCGCGAUCCAGCCUCUUUGACUUUAUCGAUAAUAUCACGUUACGAGGCGAGAAUAUGUGAGACCAAAGGUGUUACUCUGGGCGACGAACACGUUCGAAAUUGUCGAAUCGUGAAAGACUAAGUGUGAUUCCUGCCAAACGAAAAAAAGAGGGAGAAAGAGAGAGAGAGAGAGAGAGAGAGAGAGAGAGAGAGAAUAAAUAAAUAAACACGAGGAAGAAUAAAGAAUAAUUGAUUCCAAGUUGCCAAAUGUUAACUGUGUAUCGAAUAUCGUGAGAAAUCGGUUUAUUGUAUAUAGAUAGAAAAUAUGUAUA